CUGUAUUCCGUGUUGAAAUCCUCCAAGCUGAGGCGAAAGCAAAUUCGAGUCGAGGAGAGAAGCAAAAUUGCACAUAUUAUUGUACAUUUUACAACAGAAAAUUUAUAUCUGACACUUGUACAGUUUUAGCAAUGUCUACUCCAGCAAGAAGGCGACUCAUGCGGGAUUUUAAAAGACUUCAAGAGGAUCCUCCAGCUGGAGUUAGCGGUGCUCCGUCAGAAAACAAUAUCAUGGUAUGGAAUGCAGUGAUAUUUGGGCCAGAAGGAACUCCCUUUGAAGAUGGUACAUUCAAAUUGACUGUAGAAUUCACAGAAGAAUACCCAAACAAACCACCCACAGUCAGAUUCAUCUCGAAAAUGUUUCAUCCUAAUGUAUAUGCAGAUGGAAGCAUAUGUCUUGACAUCCUACAAAACCGGUGGAGUCCAACUUAUGACGUGUCAUCAAUUCUCACCUCAAUCCAGUCUUUGCUUGAUGAACCAAACCCUAACAGUCCAGCUAACAGCCAAGCAGCUCAACUUUACCAGGAGAACAAACGGGAGUAUGAGAAGCGUGUGUCCGCUAUUGUUGAGCAGAGCUGGAGGGACAGCUGACCUUACACUGCAGAGCACAGAACUUUGUGUGAUUUAUAGUUUAGUUGAGUGAAUUGUGAGGACGCCCCCCCCAUACCGUUCUAAUGCACUUUAAUCUAAAUCCGUCCCUUUUUCCUUUGGAGAACUUGUGCUCAGCCAAUAUCACCUGGUCAUUUUCUGUUCAAAAAGUGACACAUGGUGUCAGCCCAGAAACCUGGACUAUAUGAUAUAUCCAAGGG